AAACGACUUGUCACGAUAUUUGCAACGCUCCUCCUAGCCCACUUUUUCCCCACUUCUUCCUCGGCGCGCCCCCUCCCCUCCCCGAGGCACUCGGCGGAGCUUUUGGAGUUUCGAAUCUUUCGGACACUGUAGAAUGCGGGGCUCCCCGGGCGCGGGCCCGGCCAAUCAGAGUGGCGUCUGCCUCCCCUGGCCAAUGGCAGGCGCCACAUUGUUGUCCAAUUCUGUCUAAUGGAGCCCUAAGGAGCAACAAUAGAGCGGGCGAGCAGCUCAUUGAGAGUGUGGCAGCGCCGGGCAACUGGGGCCCGGCUGUGCGCAGCGGCCGGCGCGCUCCGGCGAGGGGACGCGGCGCGGCGAGGGCCGGGGCGCAACUUGCAGCCAGCCGGUCCCCGCGCGGCCCCCGCCUCCGGGUCUCGACGGAGGGGCUGGACUGCGCGGCGUUCCGAAGGGUCCGGAAGUUCGGACAUGGUGACUGAAGGAGGGUGACGUGGUCAGACCAGCGGCCAGGGGUCGAGGGGAAGAGGCCGAGAGCGCCGGCGUCGCGCGCGGAGCUGGGAGGCGCGUGCAGCGUCAGCGGAGGAGGAGGCUCCCCAAACCCCAGGCAGCGGAGCCACUGAUUCAAACGAAAUCUCACCCUCGGCACAUACAUCAGAUCUGGGAAGAGGAGCUCCGGGGGGCGUGGGGAGGAGCUAGUUCUUCCGAGGGGUUCGGGAGGCGCCUUCUCCCAGCCGUUUGGCCACUACCAGCUUCGCUGCGGCUGCUGCACUUGCUCCCCCCGAGUCUGGGUCCCCCACUACACCCCCCAGACUGGGUUCCUCCCGGGAGCGCACCCCUCCCGAUCAGUCUCUGCCCCUUCUCGCGUCUUCCACGCCAGGUCUGGCCAUGGAGCUGCGCUCGGAGCUGCCCACCGUGCCGGGCGCGGCGACGGCGGCGGCGACAGCGACGGGGCCGCCCGUGGCGUCGGUGGCGUCGGUGGCGGCGGCUGCAGCCGCCGCCGCAUCUCUACCGGUGAGCGUGGCGGGCGGCUUGCUGAGGGCGCCGCCACUCUUGUUGCGGGCUGCGGAGAAGUACCCGAGGACGCCCAAGUGCGCGCGCUGCCGCAACCACGGAGUGGUGUCGGCCCUCAAGGGCCACAAGCGCUACUGCCGCUGGAAGGACUGUCUGUGCGCCAAGUGCACGCUCAUCGCCGAGCGCCAGCGCGUCAUGGCCGCACAGGUGGCGCUGCGCAGGCAGCAGGCGCAGGAGGAGAACGAGGCGCGCGAGCUGCAGCUGCUCUACGGCACGGCCGAGGGCCUGGCACUGGCGGCGGCCAACGGCAUCAUCCCGCCACGACCCGCCUACGAGGUCUUCGGCUCUGUGUGCGCAGCCGACGGCGGGGCACCGGGAGCUGGGACGCCCGCGGGGACCGGAGGAGGCUCAGCGGGCGCCGGGGGCUCAGAGGCAAAGUUACAGAAGUUCGACCUGUUCCCCAAGACGCUGCUCCAGGCCGGCCGCCCCGGCAGCCCGCAGCCUCAGGGAAAGCCCUUAUCGCCCGACGGCGCGGACUCGGGCCCUGGGACGUCGUCCCCGGAGGUACGGCCCGGCUCCGGCUCGGAGAACGGCGACGGAGAAUCCUUUUCGGGGUCGCCUCUCGCCCGGGCGCCCAAGGAGGCAGGCGGCAGUUGCCCGGGCAGCGCCGGCCCGGGCGGCGGCGAGGAGGACAGCCGGGGCUCUGCCAGCCCGUUGGGCUCCGACUCCGGCUCCGAGGCUGACAAAGAGGAGACAGAGGUCGUGCCGACGCCGGGGCUGGGCGGGGGCCCGGGGCCGCGGCAGCGGACGCCGCUGGACAUCUUGACGCGCGUCUUCCCGGGCCACCGGCGGGGCGUGCUGGAGCUGGUGCUGCAGGGCUGCGGUGGCGACGUGGUGCAGGCCAUCGAGCAGGUGCUGAACCACCACCGCGGGGGCCUGGCGGCCGGCCUGGGCCCCAUCGCGCCCCCGGAGAAGGCGGCGGUGGGCGCCGUGGCGGCCGCGGACGACGCCUGGCCGAGCCGCGUAGACGCGGCCGCGAGCGGGGGCCCCGCGCUGCCCGGGCCGCUGCAAGCGGGCCCCGCCGCGCCGCCGCACCACAGACCUUUGCUGGCCGGAGCCAUGGCGCCCGGGGCGCUGGGCUCGCUGGGCAGCCGCUCGGCCUUCUCGCCCCUGCAGCCCAACGCCAGCCACUUCGGCGCCGACGCCGGGGCCUACCCGCUGGGGGCGCCGCUGGGCCUCAGCCCCCUGCGCCUGGCCUACUCGGCGGCGGCGGCGCACAGCCGCGGCCUGGCCUUCAUGGCCCCCUACUCCACGGCCGGCCUGGUGCCCACGCUCGGCUUCCGGCCGCCCAUGGACUACGCCUUCAGCGACCUGAUGCGCGACCGCUCGGCCGCCGCCGCCGCCGUGCACAAGGAGCCCACCUACGGCGGCGGCCUCUACGGGCCGAUGGUCAACGGGGCCCCCGAGAAGCAGUAGGCCGCGGAAUCCGGCCGCCGG